AUGGCGAGCGCGAACGAGUCGGGCGCCGUGCCAAUUUCCGGCGGGAUUAUGUCGAGCAGUGCACGGGAUGCGCGCAUUGCUACGCACUCGCACAUCAAGGGACUGGGCCUGGACGAGCACGGCCAGGCGAUCCAGACCGCACGCGGCUUUGUCGGCCAGACGUCGGCGCGCGAGGCGUGCGGCCUCGCGCUCGAUCUGAUCCGUGCGCGCAAGUUUGCCGGGCGCGCGCUGCUCCUGGCCGGUGGCCCUGGCUCGGGAAAGACAGCGCUGGCUCUCGGUGUCGCGCAGGAGCUCGGACACAAGGUGCCCUUCUGCCCCAUGGUCGGCUCAGAGGUGUACAGCUCCGAGGUGAAAAAGACCGAGGUGCUCAUGGAAAACUUCCGCCGCGCCAUCGGCCUGCGUGUGCGCGAGGCCAAGGAGGUGUACGAGGGCGAGCUCACCGAGCUCACUCCCACCGAGGCGGAGAACCCGCUGUCGGGCUAUGGCAAGACGAUUGUGCACGUCGUCAUUGCGCUCAAAACCGUCAAGGGCACCAAGCAGCUGCGCCUCGACCCGUCGAUCUACGAGAGCAUCCUCAAGGAGCGCGUGAGCGUCGGCGACGUGAUCUACAUCGAGGCCAACACGGGCGCGGUGAAGCGCGUCGGCCGCUCGGACGCGUAUGCCACCGAGUUUGAUUUGGAGGCCGACGAGUACGUGGCGCUGCCCAAGGGCGACGUGCAAAAGCGCAAAGAGGUGGUGCAGGACGUGACGCUGCACGACCUCGACAUGGCCAAUGCCAAGCCCCAGGGCGGCCAAGAUAUCAUGAGCAUUGUCGGCCAGCUCGUCCACGGCCGCCGCACCGAGGUGACGGACAAACUGCGCUCAGAGAUCAACAAGGUCGUCAACAAGUAUAUCGAGCAGGGCAUUGCCGAGCUCGUCCCGGGUGUCUUGUUCAUUGACGAGGUGCACAUGCUGGAUAUGGAGUGCUUCACCUACCUGAACCGGGCGCUGGAGACGACCAUCUCGCCCCACGUCAUCCUCGCGACGAACCGGGGCCUGUCGACCGUGCGCGGCACCGAGUCGGAGGGCGACGGCGCGGGGAUCGUCGCGCCCCACGGCAUCCCGUUCGACCUGCUCGAUCGCUGCCUGAUUGUGCGCACGAUGCCGUACGACAAGCCCGAGAUCCGCGAAGUGAUCCGCAUCCGCGUCACGAUUGAGAAGCUCUCGCUGACGGACGAGGCGCUCGAGAAGCUCACGGACCUCGGCAAGGAGACAUCGCUGCGCUACGCGCUCCAGAUCCUGGCGCCGGCCUCGGUGCUGGCCAACGUGGCGGGGCACGCGGCGGUGAACGUCGACGAUAUCGACCAGGCCAAGACGCUGUUUAUCGACGCGCGCUCCUCUGCGCGGAAUCUCUCGACGGGCGUCAUGACGAGCGCCCCGGCGGCGAUGGACGUAAACUAA